AUGCACAGUCAGAGCAUGUGGAGAGCAGGUGCCUUGGUGCUAACCCUGUGUGCCACUUUAGCGUUGGCGCAGUUCCCCCGAGAGUGUGUGACUCCGGAGGGGCUAAGGAGUGGUCAGUGCUGCCCCUCGCUCAGUGGGCAGGUGGGAGACGAGUGUGGCUCCAGCACAGGCAGGGGGCAGUGCAUUUCCAUAGCAGCUGACAGCAGACGCCAUGGACCCCAAUACCCCUACUCUGGACGAGAUGACAGGGAGAGAUGGCCGCUGAGAUUCUUUAAUCGCACCUGCCAAUGCAAUGGCAACUUCAGCGGCUACAACUGCGGGCGCUGUCGGCAUGGGCUGACUGGCCCUAACUGUGAUCAGAGAGUGUCUGUGGUGAGAAGAAAUAUCAUGCAGAUGAGUGCAGCUGAGAAACAAGCUUUUGUGAAUGCUUUGGACCAGGCUAAGAGGACUGUUCACCCUGACCUCGUCAUCUGCACAAGAAGGUAUCAGGAGGUGUUUGGGCCCGACGGAAACACUCCCCAGUUUGAAAACAUCACAAUCUAUAAUUACUUUGUAUGGACACACUACUACUCUGUGAGCAAGACGUACCUGGGGCCAGGACAAGCCAGCUUUGGAGGUGUCGACUUCUCCCAUGAGGGCCCUGGCUUUGUCACAUGGCACCGCUUUCAUCUGAUGCAAUUGGAGAGAGACAUGCAGGAUAUGCUGGGGGACCCCACCUUUGCCCUGCCAUACUGGAACUUCGCCAUCGGGGGCAGCGACUGUGACAUUUGCACAGAUGACUUGAUGGGGGACAGGAGCAGCUUCGAAGUAAACGGCAUUAGCCCCAACUCUGUCUUCUCCCAGUGGAGGGUCGUCUGCGAGAGCGUGGAAGACUAUGACACGCAAGGCACCAUCUGCAACAAUACUGAGACCAGUCCCAUCAGGAGGAAUCCAGCAGGGAAUGUGGCCCGCCCAAUGGUCCAGAGACUGCCAGAGCCAAAAGAUGUUUUAGACUGUCUACAGCUGAAUACGUUUGACACGCCUCCUUACUACUCCACCUCAUCAGAGAGCUUCAGGAACACCAUUGAAGGCUACAGUGCCCCCCAGGGGACAUAUGACCCUGUUAUUCGGAGCCUCCAUAACCUGGCCCACCUCUUUUUGAAUGGGACAGGAGGGCAGACUCACCUCUCACCCAACGACCCCAUCUUUGUCCUGCUGCACACAUUCACUGAUGCAAUCUUUGAUGAGUGGCUCCGCAGACACCAACCCGGUGAGGUUGUUUAUCCAGAAGAAAAUGCUCCUAUUGGCCACAAUCGCCAAUUCAACAUGGUUCCAUUCUGGCCUCCUGUGACCAAUGCUGAGAUGUUCGUGGCUGCUCCAGAGAACCUGGGCUACUCCUAUGAAGUAGCAUGGCCUGAGCGUGAGUUCACAGUCUCUGAGGUCAUCACCAUAGCCAUUGUUGCAGCGGUGCUGGUGGUGGCAGUGGUCGGAGGGGUCAUUGCAUGUGCGGUCCGUGCUCGGACCUACAGAUCAGCUGAGGGACUGGAGCCACUUCUGGGAGAGACUUUCCGUCGAUAUUCUGAGGAUGACAGGAGACUGGACAAAUCACAAUCAGUUGUCUAAAAAAAUGCCCUUAAAAAGGCCUUAACAUUUAAUGCAUAACUUUUG